AUGAACAUUCAGGUUUUCGUCGUAGCCGCCCUUGUGGCCGUUGCUCUCGCCCGCCCAGAGUCAGCUUACUCUGUCCCUGUCGACCCAGAGAAGCCUGCGAAGUACAACUUCAACUACCAAGUGCAAGACGACCCGACCAAGAACGAUUUCGGUCACCAGGAGGCCCGCGACGGCCCCGACACGCAGGGGUCGUACCAGGUGCAGCUUCCCGAUGGCCGCCUGCAGAAGGUCUCCUACACCGUGAGCGUGGACUCCGGAUACGUUGCGGAUGUGAUGUACGAGGGAGAGGCUCAAUAUCAGACCGAAGGCACCCCUGGGAAAAACAAAAAGAAUUAUUUCCUCUUGGAGGCGGCAACUUACGAGUAUGGUAAAUGCAAUGAGAGUGAGGACUAUCCCUUGUCCUCUAGGAGUGAUGACACCUUCGACAUACCCUCAGGGAUCUUCACACACCAAAAGCUUCUGACUACGCAUGCUCGUUUACAAUUCAAUCUCCGUCUUGCGGGCCUGUGGGAAAGUUUGCAGCAUCAGCCCUCCGCGCUUGUGACACUGGCAUUGACAGAGGAAAAAACUAUUCUGAUCUUGCUUCUUGUAGCCAUCGCGGUGGUCUCUUCCUCGCAACUCCCUGGCUACCAUAGCGCACCAGAGACUCCGGCCAACUACGAGUUCCAGUACGCUGUGAGAGACGGCAACGACUACGGCCACCAUGAGACCCGCGACGGAGACUACACCCAGGGCUCCUACACCGUGCAGCUCCCCGACGGUCGUAUACAGAGGGUCACCUACACAGUCGACGGUGAUUCUGGCUUCGUGGCUAAAGUUACCUACGAAGGCGAAGCUCAGUACCCAGCCUAUGCUUAG